AUGCUGAAGUUGUUCGUGUUCCUGACUCUUGCCGCUGUGGCUCUCAGCGAGGUCCUUCCUGGUCCUCAUGACUUCGUGAACGCCAUCCACGAUCUCGAGGCUGGCAGAUUCACUGAGUACACUGAGAACUUCGUUGUCGGUGGCAGCACUGCUUCCGUCGGACAGUUCCCGUACCAGGCUUCUCUCAGGAGCUCUGGCAACGCUCACUUCUGCGGUGGUAUCCUGGUCAACAGCCGCUGGAUUGUGUCUGCUGCUCACUGCACUAUUGGACGUUCUCUGGCUAACACUAUCACUAUUCUCGGAGCUCACUCCAGAACCACUGGUGGAACCCGCUUCAACUCUGCCCGCAUCGUGAACCACCCAAGCUACAACUCCAACACUCUGGCUAACGAUGUCUCUGUCGUCCAGACCACCGCUGGUAUUGGCUUCGGCAACACCAUCCGUCCCAUCACUCUGGGAUCCGCUACCGUUGGUGGUGGAGUUAAUGCUGUUCUUUCCGGAUGGGGUCUGACCUCCAGCCCUGGAAGCUUGGCCGCUAACCUGCAGUUCUUGACUAAGGCGACACUCACCAACGCUAACUGCCAGAACCGCGUCGGUGGCAACGGAAACAUGGUCUUCGCCCACAAGAUCUGCGCUGGUGGACAAGUCGGACGUGGUGCCUGCUCUGGAGACUCUGGUGGCCCACUCGCUGUCGGCAACACUGUUAUCGGUAUUGUGUCCUGGGGAAUUCCUUGCGCUCGUGGCUUCGCUGAUGUCUACGAUCGUGUCUCCAGCCACAGGAACUGGAUCCUUGGACACACUGGUGCCCAGUAAAAACACAUUUGACUUAUUCUCC